AUGUCGGCCACGAAACAACAGCCACUCUCGGCUUUCCGAGUUAACUACGCAAGCUCAUCAAAAUCCAAAGCAUCAAACAUGCCGGAUCCAAUCGGAUUCACUGACCGAGAUGCUGUCUCAAAGAAAGAAUCAAAGUCAAAAACAUCAUCAACUGCAGUAAUCCAAAGAGCAGACCCAGCAGCACUCAAAAUGGCCAAAGCUUGGGAACUAGCCUACUCGCCAGCCAAAUCUUUACCCAUGAACGCAAUCAUGCUGUACAUGAGUGGAUCAGGUGUACAGAUCUUCUCCAUGAUGGCUGUUGGAAUGCUCAUCACUGGUCCCAUCAAGGGCAUUUCGACUAUGAACUCAGCCUUCGACCGCCUCUCAUCAGCAGAUCAAAGCUUGUUGUUACCCAAGAUGCUAUUCAUCUUCUGUCAACUUGCAGGCCUCCUUCUAGGUCUAUACAAGUGUUGGAGUAUGGGAUUGCUUCCGACAGAAACAAGCGAUUGGUUGGCUUGGAGACAGGCACGAGUUCCACUCGAGUUCUCGCCCGUUCACUAG